CCCGGUAAAUGACUUAGCAGGUGCCGGAACCUCCAGCGCGGGCCCUGAGCUGGGCGUGAGGCGCGGCCGGGCCUGCGCAGCACGAGUCCCGGCGGCUACCUGGGCCGCUGAGCGUUCUGUUCGCUUCCUGGUGCGCGGGCUCCGGAGGGCAGCGGAGCCGAAGCCGGGGAGCCACGCUGCUCGGCCCGGCAGCCCCCGGCCCGUUUGGACCGCGGGGCACAGUCAGAGCCUAAAGAGACCUCUGAGCUCGUCUGGGCCAAGCCCGUUACUUUGCAGAUGAAGAAACUGAGGCCCAUAGAGGGGAUCUGACUCAGUCGGUUUCACCCGAAGACCUAUAUGCUCAAACUAUAAGAAAAUGAAGAGAAAGGUAACAAGAGUUGGAAACUUUAGAUUUAGUCCCAAUGAAGAAGCCUUGCUUUUGAAGGAAGAAUAUGAAAGACGCCGAAAACAAAGAUUACUACAGGUUAGAGAACAGGAGAGAUGCAUCGCUUUGCAGAUAAGACAGGAAGUAAAACAGAGGAGAGAUCAGCACCUCCAUCAUUUAGCAGAAGAGUUGAAGACAGAAUGGCAAAAGGCACAAGAACAGAAAAUCAAAGAACUGGAAAAACUGUAUGUAGCAAGCUUACGAUCCGUGGGAGAGGCUCAUCGUGGUGCCAAGGAAAAUGAUCCUGGUUUAGACAAUUUGAUAAAGCAAAGAGAGGAAAGGCAACAAAGAGCAGAGGAAAGAGGGCAGGAAGCGUUAAAAAAAGUGAAAAAUGAAAAAGAAAAACUAUUAAAACAAAAAUCAUGGUACAUAGAAACUCGUAAGAAAGCACUACUUGAGGAAAAAGAGAGAGCUGCAAAAAUUGCAAGUCUGCCACCUCCUCCUCCAAAUCCUUUUGAGGCAGUCCUUACACUUAAGACAUGCUACCUUCCUGGAAAAGGCACAAAUCUUCAAGUAAAGAGAAUUUCUACAAUAAAGACCAAUAGCUUUUCUACUUUUCAUCAUCUUAACCCAAGUAAUGUUCAAGUAAAAGGAAUUUCUACAUUAAAGACCAGCACUGCUAGUAACCCUCCGACUUACCAUCAUCUUGACUCACGUGUCAUAAGCGAUAAGGAUUUAGAGAAGAACCUUCAACUGAAGCAAAUUUCUAAGAUUACUAGUACUACUACUACUACCUGUUCUACUUAUAAUUUUGAGCCAACUGUGGAAAGAGAGAUGGAAAUACAACAGCCAGAUCCUCAUUUGGCUGCCGAAGAGGAAACAAAGAGGUUGGCGGAACUACAAAAAGAAGCAAUACAAGAAAAGAGAGAACAGCUUGAAAAGGCUCAAAUACGGGGAGUUCAUGCCAUGAGAAAGGUCCAUUUGGCUAAAAGCAGAGAAAAAAUAAUGAAAGAGCUGGAACAACUGCAGCAAGUGGACCUGGCUCGUAGGAGGCAGAAUGUGGCCCAGAUGCCACCACAGGUGGUUGAGCUGCCAUAUAAACGCAUGGCAAUUAAAGAGGACUGGCAGAGGGAACUGGAGUUUGCCUUUGAAGAUAUGUAUAAUGAGGAUAGGAAGGUGAAAGGAGACCUGAUUUUGAAACUAGAACCAGAGCCUUUGCCGGUUGUGACUGAACUCAUCCAGGAUGAAGAACUGGAUCUUUCAGUGGAGCAAGACUACACAUCUGAGACUCAGAACCAAGAGAGAAUGGAAGAAGAAAUCCCAUCCUUCACAGAAACAGAGAUUCCAGGGACACAGGAUUUUCACCAUGCAUCUUCAAAAACUGUGUUAAAAAAAUUACUAGACAGAAUCCAAAGCCAGAGAUCCCAGUGGGCAAAUAAGUACACUCCUGAAGAUGAAAGUGAGAUACCUAAAGUUUUUGCUGAUGGCGAAAGUGACACUUUAACAGUAGAAACAGGAACGCUCGCCAGUGAAGAAAAACCAUUGGAUAAAUUAGAACCUACACAGGAACAAGGUGAAACAAAACCUACUGGCAGUGGAGGUGAAACGUUCAAAAUUGAGUUGGGAACAAUUCCUAAAGAAGAAAAAGUAUUUAAAAAUCUUACAGAAUAUGGAAAGAAAAAAGAAUCACCUGAAAGUGAAAUUUCCCUGUUAGAUGAAAGGUUGGUUCUGCUUCAUCCUCAUGAAGAAGCAACUCAAGUUAGAACAAUAACGAAGAGACAAAACCAGAUGCUGAAACUUGAACAACAAAAGCAGAAGCAGCUGGAAUUAAUUAGACAGAUUGAACAACAGAGAAUAAGAUUGGAGAGUGAAUGCUUAAAGGCUCAAAAGAUUCAACUAGAACACGAGAGGGAAAAGAUAAAAGAAAGAACUCAACAGUUUUGUUUAAGAUAUAUGAAAUCUUACCCCGUUAUGGAACAGUGGAAGAAAGAAACCUAUCCGGUCUCUCAGCAUUUAAUUGAUGAUGCUCCAACACUAGGAUUGAAAAUUUCAAGAGAAGAUCAUGGUAGACAGAUGAUUCGUAACUACCAGCAACAUCUUUUACAGCAAAACAGGUUUCACAGACAGUCCAUUGAUGCAGCCAGGAAACGUUUGCAUGAGUAUCAGAAUAUGUUAAAACAAAGAUAUCCAUCCAUGUCAACUCAGUCCUUUUCUUCUGAUUUUGUAAAGCCUAAGGGCAAAUCAUAUGAUAGAAAAACACUAACAUUGCAGACCAGCUCUCCCCUUCCAGGAGUACCAGAACUACCAAGUCUACAUUCACAACCAAGUUAUCCUGCAAUAACAGGAGACUCCCAUUUACUUUCCAUAGAGAGCAGUGAAAGGUUACCUUCUGAUCAGACUGCUCUUUCUUAUUCAGGGUCACUGUUAAUUCAACCUCCACCUAGUUCAGUACCUUCUGCUGAUCCUGAAUCUAAAUUUGGAAGAAUCCAAGAACUCUUUUCAACUAAGAGUCAAAGUCCGCGACCCUCAAGUCACUUCAUAAGUUCAGAGGAUGAGCACUUCAUUUCUUCAGAACAUAUCCUGUCUCAGGAUAGUUUGAAGACAAUUCAAGAGCAGUUAGAUGUACAAAGGGAAACUCUUCAUUUUCAUGAGAAAACCCCAGAAGAAUUGGUUGUAGGUAGGCAGUCUGAAUUGGAAAAAAGGAUAUUUUCUAAUCAGACUGGGUCUUCUUCUUUAGAACCAUUAGUGCCUCAGCACUCACUCACCUCAUCUCUUGCUGAACCUGAAUCUGGAAGAAUAGAAGAGCCCUUUCCAUUCGAGAGUGACAGCAUAAUGAUUCCCUCAAGCCAUUCCCUAAUGCAGAAAAUCCCAGGUAGAACUUUAUCUCCAGAGGAUGCUCUGCAUCAACAAUAUAAUUUGAAUACAACCCUAGAACAGUUGAAUAUACAAAGGGAAGCCCUUCACUUGUGCCUGAAAGCCCAGGCAAAACUGGUUUCACAUAAACCAGCUUCAGUAGAGGAAAAACUACCUUGUAGUCUGUCUGGGUCCUUUCCUUUUGUACCAUUGGUCCCUCAGCGUUCACUCAGCUCAUCACUUUCUGCUGAAUCUGAAUCUGGAGGAGUUGAGAAACUCUUUUUACCCAAGAGUGAGAGCACAGUUCCUUCAAGGCCACGCAUAAAACAGGUAUUUCAGGAUAGGCCUUUUGUUUCAGAAGGUAACUUACAUCAACAGGAUAGUUCAGAUAUCUUCAAAGCAACACAAGAGCAAUUGACUAUACAGAAGGAAUCCCUCCACUUUGGCCAGAAGGCCCAGCAGCAGAACCUUGUAAAUAGACCAGCUGUAGUAGAAGAAAAGAAAUCUACUCAGACAGGGUCUCCUUUUCUACCACUGUUCCCUGAGCUUGCAUUUGGUUCAUCACCUUCUAAUGAAUCUGAAUCUGUAGGAAUUCAAGAAUUUCAUUUAAUGAGUAAUGAGACUACAUAUCCUUCAACCUAUUCCACAACUCAGGAUAGACGUUUGACUUCUUCAAAACCCAUGUUAGUUCAGCAAGAUAAUUGGGAAAUGGAUGAAGAACAGAUAGAUAGGCAGAGGGAAUUAUUUCAGUGUAGUGAGAAAGCUCAAAAAGAACUGAUUGUUCUUCAGCCAGCUGCAGUGGAGGAAAGAAUACCUUCUGCUCACACUGGGCCCUCUUUAGCAUCACUGUUUCCUCAACAUUCAUUUAGGUCAUUACACUCUGUAAAAUCUGAAUCUGGAGAGAUCCAUGCCCGCUUGGAAAGAAAUUGUGAUCCUGAAUGUACCUCAAGCAUUUCUUCUAUCCAAAUGUUUCAGGAUAAGGCUUUGGCUCCUUCAGAGCACAUUCUACCUCAGCAGCAUAAUCAGCUGGUAGUCCAAGAACCAUUAAAUAAACAGAGGGAAGCCUUUUGCUUUAGUGAGAGAACUCCAGAAGAACUGUUGAUACAAUCUGAGAUAACCUUAGAGGAAAGGCUCUCCCCUAAUCAGACUGACUCUUCUUUCCUACCAUUAGUACCACAGCAUUCAUUUACUUCACUACCUUCUACUGAGUCUGGAGGCAUCCAAAUAGCCAGUUCACAUCCUGCAACCCCUAAUAUCCAGAUAUUUCAGGAAAAGCUCUUGGCUUCUUCAGAACACAUCCUUCCUCAGCAGGAUGAUAUGAAUCUUCACCAAGAACAAUUGGCUAUAGAGAAAAAAGCACUUCAGUUUAGUGAGAAAGUCCAGCAACAGACAACACUGAAUGAAAAAUUAUUUUCUGAUCAGACCAACUCCUCUUUUGUACCAUCAUUAGCUAAGUAUGCAUGUGGUUCACCACCUCCCAGUUCUGAAGAAAUCCAAAACUCUCUUAUAGACAAAAGUGAGAGCAAACUUCCUUCAAGGUAUUCUACAGUCCUAGUAUUUCAGGAUAGGGUUUCAACUUCAGAUGACAACCAGUAUCAGCAAGAUAAUUUGAAAUCAAUACAAGAACAAUUGAAUAUACAGAGGGAAGCCCUUCACUUUGGCCAGAGAUCCCAGUUCCGGUACCUUGAUUAUAGACUUAGUGCAGUGGAGGACAGCACAUCUAGUCAGACUGAUUCUUCUUUCCUACCACUGUUCCCUCUGCAUUCAGUUAAUUCAUUGCCUUCAGCUGAAGUUGAGUCUAAUUCUGAUUCUGGAGGAUUCCAAGAACCCUUUUUAACCAGUCAAGAGAACACACUUCCCUCCAGCCAGUCGUCAAUCUGCACAUUUCAGGAUAAGCUUUUGGCCUCCUCAAAGCAUUUUUCAGCUGCUCAAGACAAUUUGAAGGAGCUCCAGAAACAGCUGAAUAUACAAAAGGAAUUUUUUGAGGGGAGACAGAAAGCCCAAGAAGAAUGGCUUCUUCGAAGACAGAUUGUACAGCAUGAGGACACAUUAAAGGAUUCACUUUAUGAGACUCAGGCAAAUAAGUCCACACCCCAAAAUGUGAAAGAAACACAAAAUACAGUGCAAUUCACACAGUUAUCUCUGUCGCAAGAUAUAGGAAAAAGUCAUCAGGAAGAACUUAAUCAUGCAGAUAAGAGCAAAUAUGAAUUGCUUUCAGAAAACAUCAAUCCAGAUGAGCAUACUGGUCAGCUGCAAAACAGAGAACUAAGGCAGAGACUUUCAAAACCACCUGUAGCAAAAAUCAGAUCAGGAUUAGAUUUAAAUCAACAUGAACUUAGUGUUAUUCAAGAGGUGGAAUCACCAAAAAGUGGCGGAGCUUCUGCUAGAGAGAAGAGAGAAUGUUAUAGAGAGGCUGCUUCCAAAUCAACUUCAAGUGACUUGGAUUCUAGCAACCAUGAAGAAACUGUUGGUCAAGAUAGAGAUCCUGUCAGGAUUUCAGUAAGCGGAUACAUGAGUUCGGGGAAUAGAUCACAAGAUAGUAAUCAGGCUAGUAGCCCACAGACUUCGAAGCCAGUUCAUAGAGGUAGUAAUGAUGGCCAGGUCAAGGAUGUUGUAACUGAGAACUAUGGAUUACCCAGUUAUGCUGCUGAUUUGGUGCAGAAAGUAUCUGUAUAUCCUGGUUCCGCUUUUAAGCCAAAAGAGAUAGUGCCAUCCAUACCAUGGUCCAGUAAUGGUGUUGGUUCCCAGUCUCAUGCACAGGAGCUAGAAGAUGACCAAUCAUCUUCGUUAACGAUGUCUAGUGGGAGCUUUUUAAGUAAUGAAAAGUCUCAUUUAGACCUUGCAAGUUCAGUUGUUCCUGACUUUACGGAAUUAGAACAAACUUUUCCACAUUUACAUCGUCAGCUCUUUCAUGCUCUGGACCCAAGGCCUGACUUGGAUUUCUCAUCACCUCCUUCUCAGUCUGGACUUUCUCAAGACCUGAGCAAGACCACGUAUCCUUCAACCCCUGAAAGCCAAGAUGCAUCUGAGUCUCAUGAAAGCACAAAUUCCACCACAGCUGUGAGAGCCAGCCUUCAUUCCCCUUUUGACAUAAACUUGCAUUCUACUAUGAAUAGAACAGGUGUGACUCUUGAUUCCUCACAAACUGAAAAUUUUCCUAAGGAAAAAAAUUUGGGGGCAAUGCCUGAAGAAUCCUUUAAAGCACUUAAACCUGAAUCUACUCCAAGUGACAGUAACCAGUCUGCUGAUUUACUAAGCAUUAUCAGCAUUGAAGCUGAAGGACCUUCACAAAACUUUAACAAAGAAAAAUUUGCUCUUAGAAAACAUUAUGAGGAUUUACUGGUGCAGAAGAGAAAUGCUGAUUUCUGUCCAUCAGUGGAAGUUCUACAGAGCCCAACUUUGAGUUCCUCUGAUGAUCCAAAUCUAUUUGACAGAAUGAGGGUGCCACAUAGUACACCUUAUGAUUCUUCUUCAAGCAAAAGUUCAACAAAAGACCAAAUGGAAUCGAGAAAGAAGGACUUGGGUUUUGAAGAAUUAUCUGUUGAAAUGAAAAGGAGUCAAACAGAAGUUAUUGCAGGAGCUCGGAGUGAAACAGAUUAUAGGUAUGUGACCACAGAUCCAGAGAGACAUUCAGAAAGAUCAAGUGGAUCCAUAACAAGUGAAGAAAAUGUGGAGAUCUUUCGAAGCACACCUCAACCACUGCCAUCGUCAUUCUUGAUAAAUCUCAGGUCAUCUUCAUUACGGAGCUCUAUACCAGUUUGGGAGACCACAUCUGGGCAUGGUAUCAUGGAAGAGGCAGAACUUACUUUAAUCAGCUCCAGUGACAGUAGUGAUACAGAGUCAGAUUUGGGAAAUUUGAUCCAAGAGGAAAACAAAGGGAGUGAAUUGAAAAGCUGUUUUCAGGUGAAACAAAAUUCAGAGUUGAAAGAAGAUUACUUAGUUUGGAAACCAGAUUUAACUGUUACAGAACCUCCUGAGGAGAGACAAUCUUCCUCUUUUCAACAUCCAGACACACUCCAGGAAUUUAGUUCUGCACCAGGAAGCUUACAAGAAGCAUUUGUAAAGAAGAAUAAUUCAUUCAUCGAACGAUCUUCACAAAGACAGAAAGAAAUUAAAAAUAAAACUCAAAUUUCUGAAAAAUCUCAAUCUAAAACAGCUCUAGAAAUUGAAAGAAAAAAGUACCCCAUGGAAAGAAAGCCUUCUGAGUCAACAAUGAGUCAGUUGAAGAAAGUGAAUGAAGUUAAAGUGUGUUUCCCUGAAGACAAAAAGACUGUACAAGCACUUAGGCAUCAGCAGGCUUUAAGGUUAUAUAAUAAUCAGUUAGCUGAAGUGAAACAGCAAAAGGAAGAGCAAACAGGAGAAGAAGCCUAUACUAGAAAUAGAGAAAGGGCAAAAGAGUUUCACAGGAAAACACUGGAGAAACUACGAGCAAAAACUUUCCACUAGGACAAAAGGACUUUGGAUGUUAUUUCAGGAUUUUAUCCUAUAUCACAAUGUAUACUUGAUCCUUUUAAUUGAUUCAUGAUGUACAUAAAGGCUUGUAAAUAUUCCUUAAAAUAUAUUUCAAUAAAUUUUUAUCACAAGUG